CCUCUGGAGAUUUGCUCAGCCCUUCUUUCCCCGCACACUCAGUCGCUGAGUCUCCAAGUUCGGGCUACAAAGUAGCUUCGACUCGUUCUUCUUCAGUCAUGGCUGACCAGGCUUUUGUGACGUUGGCUACUAACGACAGCUAUGCUCGAGGUGCCAUGGUUUUGGGCAAGUCCCUGCGUAACCACAACACAUCCAAGAAGCUGGUGGUGCUUAUUGGUCCACAAGUGUCAGAGCCAUGCAAGUCGUUGCUGAAGAGCAUCUAUGACGAGGUGAGGGUGGUGGACGUGCUGGACAGUGGAGACACGGCACACCUGUCCAUGAUGAAGAGGCCCGACCUGGGUGUCACCUUCACCAAACUCCACUGCUGGACGCUGACGCAAUACUCCAAAUGUGUGUUCAUGGACGCAGACACGCUGGUGCUUUCAAAUAUAGAUGAACUGUUUGACAGAGAAGAAUUAUCAGCCGCCCCCGACCCUGGCUGGCCCGACUGCUUUAACUCCGGCGUGUUCGUUUUUUGUCCUUCCAUGGAGACUCACGGCAAACUGCUUCAGUACUGUACAGAACACGGCAGCUUUGACGGAGGAGACCAAGGUGUUCUGAAUGGCUUCUUUAGCGACUGGGCCACGGCUGACAUUUCGAAACACCUCCCCUUCAUCUACAACCUCAGCAGCAUAGCCAUCUACACUUACCUCCCGGCGUUCAAACAAUAUGGUGGCAGUGCCAAGGUGGUCCAUUUCUUAGGGAAGACCAAGCCGUGGAGUUACAAGUAUGAUCCCAAAACCAAACGGGUGACCGGAAGUGUGCAGGAGGCCGAUACGCAUUCCACCUUCCUCCUGGACUGGUGGAACCUGUACUCCACCGCUGUCGUACCCAUGAUGCACGAGGAGUACGGAGACCAGCCGUUCCACUCAGGAUGCGAGGAGCCCCAGUAUAGUGGUGACACAGUCACUUCUGAGAGCAAACAGGUUGAAAGCUCCUCCUCUCACGUACAAGCGCACGCACAAGCGCAGGCACAAGAGGAAGUGGCGGCGACGGAGAAGCUGACGUCGGACGAGCGGCGGGAGAAAUGGGAGCAAGGUCAGGCGGACUACAUGGGAGUGGACUCAUUUGACAAUAUCAAGAAAAAGCUUGAUACUUUUCUCAAAAAAUAAAUGAAGAAAGAAAGAAAGAAAGCAGAAUAAAAAAAAAAUAACAGAGCACUUGCAGUUAAAACAAAUGCACCACAUGUUUGUUUUUGUCUCUUUUCCGCUACUGGUUUUCGCAUCUGAGGUGACUCACUUCACCAGCGAUAUCCUCUCCAUACAUCAGUGUUAGUGCUGUUUAAAUGUCGCUUUACUGUGGCACGGGUAUCUGUUCUGCUUCACUGGGAGUGAAAGUUACGAAAAAGGAGUUAAUUUCAUUUAAAAACUGCAGUUUUUCUUGAAAUCUCAGCCGGGUCUCACGUUUGUCAUAGUAAGCACUGCAGUCUCUUUACAUGUACAUUCUUAUUUUUUUCUUUUUUCUAUGAUUGAGUAGUCGUCUAGUACUGGCGUGGUGUUCUCACAAGUUUUCAUUUCUUUGCAGUUAAACAGCCUCUGUUUGAACAUGGGUAUAAAAAGCAUGUUUACAGUGUUUCUAAAGGCCGUCAUUUGGUCACAUAGUUUACACUAAAUCCUCAGUGCCUUUGGUGUUUAUUGCACGCUCUACUGCCUUGACUGGAGUUUUUCAGUGAGUUACUAGGUUUUUAAACAUUCUUGCAAUAGUAGUAUAUUAAAAACAUGGAAAAAG